AUGUUUCAUUAUGUAGAUUAUACUGAAGAAAAUGUUAAAAAAUGUGUGGAAGGAAUGAAAAAGUUUGGUGAUGUAGAAAUCUGUUAUAACAUAGAUCCUAAACAGCCAGUUAUUGUAACUAAAGAAAGGAUUCGUAAACUGCCUAAUUCCUACCAUUUAUAUCCAGCCAUAUUAGACUAA